UAAACAUCAAUCCACAUUUUCAAAUUCAAAAGUAAUUUUUACAUAUUUAAUAAAAUCAAUUUAAUUAUUGCUGUUAAGUACAAUUAGAGGAAUUUAUCAACAUUUAAUUUGUGCAUGAUUGUGAAAACUUUAUAAAACGAGUUAUAAAUGAGUGGAAACAACAGUAAAAUGAUUCAAUGGAAAAAAGUAUAUCAGUUAAUAUCUGGGACGUUUUAUAAUGAAAAUCCAGAAGUGGUUAAGAAACGAUUGUUGGAUCUACAAAAUGAGAUCCAGAAUGGACUCACAAUUUUCAAAAAGCCAAAAAAUGACGCAAAUGAGGAAGUCGAGAAAUUGUUGAGGGAGAAACAACAAGAAAAGCUAAUAUCAUUUGCUCAAAAGUUGUAUAAAUUUCUGGAUCUUGAUGUUAGUCAAUCGUAUGAAUUGUUAUGCUAUUAUCUAGUUAAUGAAUAUCGAGGAUCAGCUGCUUCAUUGCAGAACUUUGUUUCAAACGAGUCUUUAAUGAUAAAAUUGCUAAAUGAUAUAUUUUUCUAUUAUACUCUUGAAAGAAUGGUCUUACUUAAAGUUGUUAAGUGUAUACUAGAAAAUCACGAAUCAAACAAUCAUCCUUAUCGUCAUGCUUUUAAUGCUAUUGUAGAAAAGAUUGGAAUAAGUAAUAUCCGAAAAUCGUUCAUUGAUCAAUUUGAGACUGUUUUAAAAGAUGUUCAUCAUCCAAAAUAUUUAACUGGGGAUAUUUUUAAUAGUCAACAAAAAUUACAAUGUUGGUCAGAAAGAAAGCACCGUGAAAUGAAUGAAAUUUUACAAAUCAUUAUGAUUAGUACUUAUUACGAAAAGAUGAAACCUGAAGAAAUACAGAGGAUGCUUGAUUUAUUUAAACUUCAUUCGUUCGGAAAACAAAACCAAUUUUUGAAUACAGCAAAUAGCAUACAUAUGGAUUUAAUUCAGCGCGUAAAUUACAAUGAAAUAGCUGUUUUGAUGGUUGCUUUAUCUUUAAAUAAUAUCGAUUCAAACUCGUCAUGGACGAUUGAAGUUAUUGAUAAAUUAGAUGGAAAAAUCAUUUCAAUGCAUCAUUAUCAAGAACAUGGACCAAUUUUACUCUCAUGGAUGAUUUACAAGUUUGCAUCAAAAGGUCAAUAUACAGCUUUAAAUGAAAAUUUUGAAAACUAUGGAAAAUUGGGUGCAAGAGCUGUUCAAUUGAAUGUUUUUGAUUACUUACUCAAAAUGCUAAUGCAUAAGCAGUUCAAGGAUAAAAGUUUAGCAUCGAAAAUUAUAACGCGUUGCGUAUACGAAAAUAUCAUUUUCCUUUGUAAACUCUUCAAUUCAGAUGGUUCGAUGGCAAAUCAUCCAAAAAUUUUUGAAGUGUUUAGUGAAAUUUUGAAAACACCUUCAAUUGCUAAAGAUUUUUGUAAAGACGAGGAGAGUGUGAUAAGGACAUUAUUUAAUUCUGCGAUUGAAAUGUUUCCAGUCAACUUUGUUUCCUUAUCGAUUCUUGCAAAGUCUCUUUCUAAUGCAUCAAUAUUAUCGAAUAAUUGGAUUUUAAAUCACCUUCAAAACAUGCCAGUUUAUGCAGAGCAGCCGAAUGAUCCUUAUUACGAACUUCGAAAAAGCGAUGAUGAUCAAGAAGAAACAUACAUCUUACAAAACGAUUAUCAGCCAUUUAGAAAAAUACCUGAUUUUAUUAUCCCGGCAAAUACACAAGCAAUUGUGCGUGAAGAAAAAGGAAAAAUGUUUGUUCAUUUUCUCACAAAACUCAACUAUUUCCAUGCAUUGCAUAAUGAAAUAAAUGAGCUCUUAAAUUGUGUUGUGAGCUUCUCGGAAAUUCAAGACUCGAAAUUACAACGGCUAGAAGCAGGUAUCAAUUUAUUGGCAACUUUAAUAACAAGACUUGAAAAACCAGACGAUAUAACAAAUGAAAUGAUUCAUCCAACUGAGAUGAUAUUCGACAUCUUAGAAAAGUUUAAAAUUUUUCAAAGUCCAUCAUUAGGGAUAAUGGCAGCAUGCUUAAAUGUCUGUGCUGAGCUUGUUAUUUUCUUUGGUGAAGAAAUUAUUAGAAGGUUCAUAAAUUUGAAUAUUGCUCCAACUGUGAAUGCUGUUCAUUAUGAUUUUCAAGCGUAUUGUAAUGGAAAUUCUUAUGAGUCGGGUAUUGUUGGGUAUUAUCUGAUAAAUAUUGAGCGCUCAUUAGGACGAUAUAACUUCACAAAAGCUUAUUUUAAUUUUCUAAAAAAAUGCACAAAACUGGAAGUUGGGAAUAUACAUGCUGUUGAAUUACCAGGACUUUUGUUUAUCAUACGAGAAGUCUUUAACAAUGUACAUACGUGGUGUUAUGAAAAUGAACAGGACAGAAUGGAAAUAUUGUUGUUUAUAUUUGAAUACAUUCAUUGUAUUCUUACCCUUCCAAACGAAGUUAUUAAGGAUGAUCCUUCAAAAAGAUUAUUACGUGACAUUUGCGUGUAUAGCCUUCUAUAUUUAGAUAAUGGCUCGACAUUGCUAAGAUAUGUAGCUAUUGGAAAUCCUGGACUUAAUAACUUUAUGGAAAAUGAAUCCAAUUGGUUUACUGCAUCAGAAUCUGAUUUAAAUAAGUUGGUUUUGAAUGCAAUACGUAUUUUAAUGCAGACAUUACGGCUGAAGGAAACAAUCACUAAAAAUAAUGACAUUUUGACUCCAUUAGAACAAAUGAUUUAUACUCAACCAAAACAACGGGAUACGCUUAAAAUAAUUCCAAUUGUGGCCAACUAUACAACAUAUUCAUUUAAUAGACGAUUUCCUGUUCUUUCCUGUCGAUUGUUGAGAAGAUUUGCUAUCGAAUUUCAAAGUUCAUUAUCAGCAUGUCUUGAUUUAGAGCCAGAUCAAAUUCGAAUGAUGUUUUUGCAACGACUGCGUGAUGACUUGGAGAGUGAAGAUUUAAAAGUAUCAAUUUUGGAUUUUGUCAAUGCUUGUAUCGAUAAACAGCCUGGUUUAACUGAAGCCUUCUUUAAAGUAUCUUAUGAAAAAGAUAUGAAAAGUAGCUUCUUUAUAAAACGAUCAAGUGAAGAUGAAAGUACAUGUGACGGUAUUAUUUCGUACAUGGAAGAAUUCUUAGAAGCAGUUUCUAAAGAUCCAUCAAAAAUAACAAAUGACCAAUUGAAGCGUAUAAUGAAUUUGUUCCAUGGGCUUUGGAAACAAGGAUUACAGUCACUCGUUAGUAGUUUACUUAAGAAAAAUACAUUUUGGUCAUCACUUUGCAGUCCAAUAUUGACGACACCAAUUGAAAACUAUCAAUAUUCACAAUUGAUCAAUAUAAUUGGAAUUGAAUUAUUCAAGCUGAGAGAAAUUAAUGUUGAUAAUGAAAAUUUUAGAAAAGUCGUUGAGAAAUUCUUAUCACCAGAUAUAUUCAAGAAAUGGCUUUCUGUUGUUUUCGAGUUGCCAUAUUCAAAUAAUUCAUUUAAUGGCGAAGAAGAGACACCUGAGUGGUUAUCGAGAUUGCAAUCUUUUAAAGACUUUCUUGUGUUGCUUUUCAAGAAAAAAUCCAUUUUAAUGAUGCCAACUGAAUGCAAAAAAAUGCUUUUGGAUAAUUCUUUGAAAACAUUGUUGCACGUGUGUCAUGAUAUGGAAAACGGAAAUGAUUCUAGACCUUUUAUUGUACUUGCAGAACUUUUCAUGUUGGUCCUCCAAAAUCAAGACUUAAAAUAUACAAAAACUAAUGAGGAAGAUUCGAUUUUAUUAAAUCAGUUCCAAUUGCUGUUAAAAGCAACAAGCAACUGCUAUGGAAGCUUACAUAAACGUUCAAAAGAUGCUAUUUUAGCAAUAGCAAUUAAAAUCUUAGAUUUGGAAUCUGAUGAAAUUAAAAAUCAUCCAGAAAUUGCCAAUAAUUUAGUCAUGUUUAGUUUAGAAAUUUUAAGCAAUGAGUUUUUCUCUAUCGAAAAUCAUUUAAAGGAAGUGGAAAGUGUUAAGAAUCAAGGAUCAACAUCAGCAAUUUUGUCAAUAAAUCUUUUAAAGAAAAUUCUUUUAAUUGGAGAGGAAUUUUAUGGAAACUGUAAUUAUUGGUUCAACUAUUACAAAAUUUUCAAUAGAAUUUUAAACAUCAUCAGCUUAAUAACGCAAAUUCCCAGUCAAAGUAAAGUUACUGCAGAACUAUUUGAUCUACUUCUAUUAAUGGCUAAAGGAUCAUAUAGUAAGAACAUUAUGUAUUGUGAAAUUGGAGACUAUUUAUGGAUGAAUUUAUUGACACCAAAAUGCUUAUUAGAGAGGAGUAACAACAAAUCAUCUGAUUGGACAUCACAAGAAUGGUGGCUAAUUUAUACAAAAGGAAUCCAGCUUGUCAAAAUUUUAUUGGAGAAAGAAAAACAUCUUUUCAUUAAGGAAGCUCUUUUCUUUGUUGGAAUUCAUGAACAGUAUCUCUCAGAAGCAAUUGCACUUGCUAAAUAUUCUCUUGAACAAAACGCGAUGAUGCUUAUAAAAUCAACACUUGAAUUGCUGUCUGAAAUCAUCAAAUAUGAACAGUUUUGGAGUUCUGACUAUCAAAUGACCAUUGAAAACUUAAUUCGAUAUGUUCAAUGUCUUUUGGAUCAUGCAGUUUCGUUAUUAUAUCGUCCAAAACUUUUAAAACGACUAACAGAAUCAUCGAAAACUCACAUUAAAGAGUACUCUGAUGCAGUUCUUAGUGAUCCAAGUGAUGAUUUCAUUGGUGCAACAAAUGGAAUAAUUGAAGUAAUAUCUCUGUGUUGUCAGUGUUUGCUUCACUUUAGUCCAAAACUAAUCAAUCUAUUAUGUGACGUAGAGUUCCAUCAAGCAAAAUGGAUUCCAUUCAUAGAGGUUCAGUUUGGAGCACCAAAAAUAAGUGGAACACCACAAUUACUUUCUUAUGGAUCUAUACUCAGUAUCAUAGCUUUAUUGAUUAAAACAUUAAAUCUUCAACAUUUCAACUUUAAACAAACUCCCUUAAAUAAGAUUCCAGAAUUUGGAGAAUAUGAAAAUGAGUAUGGAAAUGAAACAGUUUCAAUGAUUUCUAUUGGUGAUACAACUCAACAAUUAGGACUCCCAUCAUCAUCACCAUCGAAAUCUCGUCGGCCUUUUUCAAAAUCAUUAUCCAUCAGCUCAAUGACAAGUACUGUUAUUCAGCCUUCAAAUGAGCUGUUAUUACAUAUUGACACAAAGAUGUGCUUAAAUGCAUUGGAGCUACUAUUAACAUUGCUAGCGUCACAAAGUUUGCUUGCAUUAAAAGCUAGACAACUGUCAAGUCGCGAGAAACAAAUGAUUCGCCGUGAACUGUCAACAGAAUUGUACUGUUUUCAUGAUUUUGUCAAAAAGAAAAUUUUAAAGGAUACGACUAAAUCGCCACUCUUCAGACAAAAGAUAGGAAUUUUUCAUAUAAUAAAUAGUAAUAUUCAUAACGAUGACAGUGAUGAUCAAGGUGCUGGACCAUCAAGAGUGAUUCCUUCUCAACGCAGAAGUCACGAUUUGAGAGUAAAUGUAGUGAGAAAACUACAUUUGCAGCAAAAAACAGUGCCUUUCGAAAUUCCACACACUAUAUCUCCUAUAUCUCUCCAUCAUGGAACACAAACAAAAGAACAAAAUCCAACUGAUUUAACUCCAAUUCGAAGCACUAGCAAUCCUACAACAAGUACUCAUGUAAAACGAGUAGGAUUUGACUUAAACUCAACACAAGUUAACAAAAUUUCAGUUCAAGAGUAUGACGAAGAGCCUUAUGUUGUAAAUAAUGAAGAUCCGUCCUUUACUGGACUAUCAUUCAUUAAAUUUGUUGAAGAAGAUUACUUACAGCUUUUGUCAAAUAUUUUCAUCUUUAUAUGUCAAAACGAAAAUUAAUGACAAUUUGGAGUCUUACUUUAAAGUUUAUACUUCUUCUUUAUGUCCUAAUAAAUUUUUUUUAAAAAAUAAAACGGUUUUUCUAAUUUCCCAACAUAAUUUAUUUUAUUUUAACUCAUUGUUUAACAUCGAAUUAUUGUCAUUAAAUUUUAAGUAAUGAUUAAGCACUGCCUAUAUAAUAAUAAGUUAUUGUCAAAUGUUAUGAAUAAAUUCUCAAUUGUCAUCAGUUGAAAUAUAUUAGCAGAAGAUCAAAAAUAGUAGACAUUAUUUAAAGAAGCUUAUCUCCAUCACUUGAGGGAGGAAUUGGUGAAGAUGAUUCACUUUUAUCAUACAAGCUGUCUUUUGAUUCUGACUUGUUUAAAACUUCAUGCUGAAAUGAUCAAAUAAACAAUUAUUUUUUUGUUUUAACAUUUGAAAUUAUUUGUUACCAUAUUAAGCGAAAAUAUGGGCUGUGAAUUAAUUUCUGAUUUAUCCUUAUCAUUACAUUUUAUAGUUCCUGCUUCGUACUCUCUCAAAUAUGUUUCUACUUUUUCAUGAUUAAACGUUUCCGCUUCGUCUAGAGGAGUAUUUCCCCAUCGAUCUAUUAAAAGAGUUACAAUAAAUUAAUGACAUUAAUUAAGUUUAUAAAAUAUUUCCCUAAUACCUUUUGGAUUGUGUGGGACCUGACAAUGCUCCAAUAAAAAUUUAACGCAAUCAAGAUGCCCUUCUGCUGCGGCUAAAUGUAAAGAUGUUCUUCCGUCAUAAUCACUGUUCGAAUUUAAAGACAAAAAAAAAAAUCAUGUGAAUAAAAAAAAGAAUUAAAAUAAUCUACAAUAAAUACCUCAGACUGAUGUCCAUUCCAGACAAUUUAUGUCGUCUCAAUGCUGUAACAUCUCCAGAAGCAGCAGAGAAGAGCAAGUUUACAAUUGAAAGUCCUUUUGUCUCGUACCGAUGUCUUCUCGGAUCUUUCUUAUUUGUUGCAUGCUUCAAAUUAUCAUAACGAUGGAAAUUAAAUACAUUCAAAAGUUCCUUGCAAAAUUGAACACCUCUAACAGAAUUGCCGCAAAUGUCAAGAGGAGGUGACCAAGCAAAAAUACCAGCAACAUUAGGAAUUAUUAGCAUAAUACCGCCACAAACUCCAGAUUUUGCAGGAAGGCCUACUUGAAACGCAAACUGUCCCGAAUAGUCAUACAUUCCACAAGAAUGCAUUAAAGAGAGAACAUCGCGUACAACAUCAG